AUGACUCGAGCCAUCUUCACAGCCCUUGCCAAAGAUCUCAGCGCGAACGAGCAUUCUUGCCAGGAAGCCCUUAAGUUCAACUUCAAGAAGCAGUGGUACCCCCUUGCCGUCAUCGAGUUCCUCGACAAGAAGAAGCCUCAUCACGUCCAGCUCUUCGGUAACGACCUGGUCAUGUGGUACGACAAGACGUCCGACAAGUGGAACGUGUUCGAGGACGCCUGCCCCCACCGUUUGGCUCCGCUGAGCGAGGGAAGGAUCGAGGAGGACGGAACGCUGCUCUGCUCCUACCACGGGUGGAGGUUUGACGCCAAUGGCAAGUGCACUCUCAUCCCGCAGGCAAACGAGAAGCAGGCGCAGGCCCUCAUGUCGAGCAAGCGAGCAUGCGCCCUGUCGUACCCUGCCAUGCAAGCGCAAGGGCUCUUGUGGGUGUGGGGGGAGCAAGGGGGGCCAGGGAGCGAUGCUGCCAUCGAGAGCGCGUUGAAGAGCCCAGCUCUGAUCGCAGAGCUCGAGGACCCUGAGCUGAAGGGAAGGGCACAGCAGCUGACCUGGAGCAUCCGGGAUAUGCCCUAUGGGUGGGACUUCUUCAUGGAAAACGUGCUCGACCCUGCCCACGUGACUGUUUCGCAUCAUGGCAUCGUAGGCAACCGAUACACAUCUCCCUCUUUCUUCAGGAUGCAGACGACAAGGAACGCGACGGCUCAGGGAGGGUUCGCGCAUUCCAUCACCUUCGACAAGUCUCCUCCCCUUGGAGAGGGCAGCGACACCGUGCAGGAGUUUCUUCCUCCCAGCAUGGUCAGGAUCAAGAGCAGGUUCCCCAACGGGUGCCAGUCGCUCCUGGCGCUGUACGCGACCCCGACGAAACCAGGAUACGUCAGACACAUCGGAUGCCAGGUCCUCGUGAAAGGAGAGGAUGGGGCUCUGGCACCUGGCCUUGGCUUCUUUGCCCUCCCGAUGCCCAAGUGGUUGAACCAUGUGCUUGCCUCCCUGUUUCUCCAUCAGGACAUGGUGCUGCUCCACCACCAGGAGAAGAUCCUUGCAGAUGCGGGCUAUCGCAACAUGCAAGACAAGGGCGUCACUUUCUUCCGCAACUGGCUCCGCGUCUUUGCCAACGGUGGCGUUCCAUGGAAAGCAGAAGGCACUUCCUCGAUGCCACCUCGUGAGUUCGACAAGCGCAAACUCUUUGACGUGUACAAUGCGCACACGAAGAAUUGCAAGGUCUGUCAGGAUGCUGUUCAGAACCUCAAGCUUGCCCGCGGCCUCUUCGUCGGCCUCUCGCUCGCCUCCGUCGCUCUCUCUCACGGCGUCGUCGCGCUCUCCUCCUCCCUCUCCUGCGCUCUCGUCGCUCUCGCCCUCCACAAGCUCAUCGGCCUCUUCUACGUGUACGAGUUUGAGCAUGCAAACAACGACUAAGGGAAGAGGUGAAGCGAGGAGCAGAAUAAAUGACGACGAUCUGGAACAAGUAUAUGUUAUGAAGAUGAAGAGAAGGGAAGAGAGAAGAAGAGAAGAGCAGAGAAACGAGAUGGCUUUGUGUUACAGUCUUUAAUGCACUCUGUUCAAUCAAACCAUCUUGCGUCGUCUGCUUUGAAAAGAGUCUUGUUGUAUUUCUGCAUCAAAACCAGUCAGAACCAAAUCCAAUAAAUGAACAGCAUGAACGC